AUGUGGGCGGAAAUCAAUGGGUCUCUGUCACAGGAUCUCCAAAAUAUCCACAGGUGGUCGACAAGGAAGUCACGGCAGUCACGUCUACCUGACUGCAACAUCUCCAGGGGAAAGGAUUUAAGCCAGGACUCGGGGGGCUACGGUGCCACACUCACCCAGAGUGCACAUUGGACAGACUUCCGCGGGCGCCGUGUCCCAAGUGCGUCCCUUCCGUCACCCCGGGAAGGGUCGCCACAGCCACAAAGCAGCCACCCCACGCUCACGUUCUCAUGUCGGGAAAAACAAAGGCGUCCAGUCAGACAGCUCUUCUCUGGACGACCCCGGGACUCGCCCAACGCAGCCCCGGAACCCCGCGGAAGGCGCCAACGCGCCGAGGCUCCCGCCGACAGCCGCACGUACGACGCGACGCACCGGCCCGCGCCCGGCGUUUGCGCCCCGGCCGCGGAGCAUUAUGGGGGUGGGGCCCACUUCUCUCUGCAGGUGGGUGGAGAGCCUGGAGAGUUUUCAGCUGAAUCCUUUGCACAACCACCCUCGGCCCAGCCCUGCCUGCUUCGGGGGUGUCACCACCCAGGAUGGGCCACCAUGCAGGACUGUGCUCACCCGAAGAACAACCAAGUGCUGGGGAUUGGAAGUGGUUCGACGAUUGUCCAUGCUGUGCAGCGAAUAGCUGAAAGAGUGAAGCAGGAGAAUCUGAACCUCGUCUGCAUUCCUACUUCUUUCCAGGCCCGCCAGCUCAUCCUGCAGCAUGGCUUAACCCUCAGUGACCUGGAUCGACACCCAGAGAUUGACCUCGCCAUUGACGGUGCUGAUGAAGUAGAUGCCGACCUCAAUCUCAUCAAGGGCGGAGGAGGCUGCCUGACCCAGGAGAAGAUCGUGGCUGGCUUUGCCAGACGCUUCAUUGUGAUUGCUGAUUUCAGGAAAGACUCAAAGAACCUCGGGGAUCAGUGGCACAAGGGAAUCCCCAUCGAGGUCAUCCCGAUGGGCUAUGUCCCAGUGAGCCGAGCUGUGAGCCGGAAGUUUGGGGGUGUGGUGGAACUCCGAAUGGCCGUCAGCAAGGCGGGUCCCGUGGUGACAGAUAAUGGGAAUUUUAUCUUGGACUGGAAGUUUGACCGGGUACACAAAUGGAGUGAAGUGAACACAGCUAUCAAAAUGAUCCCAGGUGUGGUGGACACAGGCCUGUUCAUCAACAUGGCCGAGAGAGUCUACUUUGGGAUGCAGGAUGGCUCGGUGAACAUGAGAGAAAAGCCUUUCUGUUGACCUGCAAGGAGCGGCGUGUGUUCGGCUUGAUCUCCAGCCCAGGGCCGAGGUGGACAUGCCUCUUUGGGAUCCUUUGCCUUAAUGUAUCUGUGCCAGGUGGACAACUGGCAGGCGGUGGGGACGGGGUUAAGUUAAGUCUUCUGAAGCAUUGUUGUUAAAUAUCUUUUUAAAAAGAAAUACAAACAUAUAUUUUUACUAUUAAGAUAUUCAGUUUUUUUUAUAAAGUAGAACUUUAUUUCAUGUUUUAUAUGAAACAUUUACCAAAAAAAAAAAAAAAAAGAGGUGGGACUGUCUUCCAAUCCUUUGACUUGAGCCUGCUGGUUAAGCUUCUGAAUUAUUGGGCUUGCUGGAAAAUGAAAAUCAAAACUUUUCUUGGAGCUGGUGAAAUGAAAGGCCCAGCCAGCAACGUCUCCUGAUGCCUUACUGGAAACUUUGUUUACUUGUCUGCACUGUCCCUCUUGUUAUUGGUGUUUAAGGGUCUCCCACGGGAUCAGGCUUACAGAAGCCUGCUGCGUGGAGCAGUAUGGUGUGGAGUGACUUGAAAUGUCAGCUACCAGGGAGAAAUGUGGUUGUCCUUUUGCUAAAACCAGGGGCUUUCUUCACAUCCCUGCUGUUGGAAGCAGAAACACCUACCAGUACUGCCAAAGGACUGCUGUGAAAUGUGAAACACUUUUUUCUGUUUUUUUUUUUGUUAACUGGUUUUCUUUUUGCUGUUAAUACCUUUUGGUGUCCCUUUAUUAUUACCUGCAUGGUUCGGCUUCAGAAGUCCUCACCUGUUCAUUUUGUUUGCAGGCUAAAUAAAACAUUGUG